GGUGUCUGUUUGGCGCAACAACUGUUGCAGUCAGAUCCUGCCAUAGUGAAGCCUGGAAGUUCCUAUACUCUGACAUGUAAAGGUUCUGGAUUCUCUGUCAGCAGCUACUGGAUGAAUUGGGUCAGACAGGCCCCUGGCAAAAGAUUACAAUGGUUGUGCCGCAUAUACAGUACAACCACACACUAUGCAGCACACUACGCAGAUGCGAUAAAAGGAAGAUUUACAAUAUCCAGGGAUGACAGUAAUAACAUGGUAUCUCUGCAGAUGAACAAUAUGGUCACAGAUGAUAGUUCUGUGUAUUACUGUACUAGAAUAUCACAGUGA